AAAAGGAAGGAGUGAGGCUUUGGUUACUGGCGAACGCUUCCAAAGGCGACCUUCUCGAGUUUCCGGCUGUUUCCUAGAUUGAAGGAAGUAGCCUUUCGUCGCCCUACCAAACGCAAGAAGUCACUAUCAAACAGCUCGCCCUACUGUGACAAAGGUGCGCUCCGCCCGGUGACUAAGAAAGAGCUUUCCAGAUUUGGUAUUGAACGCAUGGCGUAGCUAGGACCUUCAAAUCAUGUUUGAGCCUAUGUUCAAACAAAACCCAUCCCCCGGCUGGAAAGAAUGCCCGCCAAGUUCUGAUAAGGAAGGAACAACCCCGGAAAGGCUCGACGAAGGGAGGGAGAUGCGGCGGGGUAAGGAAAAGGCUUUCGGAGAUCGAGAGAUUUCCUUUCUUUUGCAUCGAAAACGAAGAAGGCCGAGGAUAGCCUACGGUGCGUGUUAUCUGAAGGGAGCACGCUUUUUCGACCGCGGUGCUAUUAUUGCCGGAGCCUCUCCUCGUUCCGCCCGCUGGCCUAUUGGGAUAGCAGCCUGCGGGCUUUGCCUGCCCAUUAGAAUAAUAAUCAAAAAUUCCGGCUCGGCCCGGGAAAGCGCUGGCAACAACAGAAAGGAAGGGGUCCAUGUAGCUGCUGCGCCCGCCCCUCUUCUUAGUCAAUGGGGCAGCAGCAUUGCUUCUAUGAUCUUAGGAGCACUGGCCGCCAUGGCCCAAACGAAAGUCAAAAGACCUCUAGCUCAUAGUUCAAUUGGACAUGUAGGUUAUAUUCGUACUGGUUUCUCAUGUGGAACCAUAGAAGGAAUUCAAUCACUACUAAUUGGUAUCUUUAUUUAUGCAUUAAUGACGAUGGAUGCAUUCGCCAUAGUUUCAGCAUUACGGCAAACCCGUGUCAAAUAUAUAGCGGAUUUGGGCGCUCUAGCCAAAACGAAUCCUAUUUCGGCUAUUACCUUCUCCAUUACUAUGUUCUCAUACGCAGGAAUACCCCCGUUAGCCGGCUUUUGUAGCAAAUUCUAUUUGUUCUUCGCCGCUUUGGGUUGUGGGGCUUACUUCCUAGCCCCAGUGGGAGUAGUGACUAGCGUUAUAGGUCGUUGGGCGGCCGGAAGGUUGCCACGAAUAAGUCAGUUUGGAGGACCGAAGGCAGUUCUCCGUGCACCGGACACGACUCCCAGUUACUGCGCGCGAUCGUAUACUGAGAUGCUCCCCGCCGGUUGUUGGAACGACGCGAGCCGGGACGGGCCUGGAUUCAGAAAGAUGAAGGGCCCCAAAGUAGAAAUAGGGGGUUACAAAUUCCCCAUCUCAUUGGGGGCGGAAAACGAAUCGACAUCUCGAUGUGAUACAGCCUUUUCUUUUUUAGUUGGGAAAGAACGGCGAAGUCCAUCCGAACCGAACCGUCCAAUGAAGAAUAAGAGGAGAGCAAAGCGCCAAUGGCGCGCGAAGCGCAUGCGGAGCAGGCACGGAGAAAAAUCAGUGUGGAGGAGAAGCAGCCGAGCUCAUUCCCUUCGCAUCCUGGGCCCAAAGCAGUGCAGUCUUUCCUGGCCAAAUCAAGGAUUUGGGGCUUCUUGCUACGAUACUUAACUAUAUAAAUCCUUUAGUAAUAU